ACAUCACGAGCUUCAGUAGACGCCGGUUGUGUCAUAUCCUGAACCAGCCCGAUGUAACAACAACUUGAGAACAGAGAGACAAACAUCCGAAUCGUAUUCGCUGAUUAGAAUAAUACACAAAGCUGCCACCAUGGAUGCGGCACCGAACACAAUUCGAGUAAAGCUAACAAAGCGCCGAGAAACGGGACUGGGUUUUCUCGUGAAGCAGCGGAAAAGCAAGCCUUACGUCAUCAUCUCUGACAUCACUUCCGGUGGUAUCGCGGAGGAGAGUGGUCUGGUGCAGAUUGGGGAUACCGUCCUCCGGAUCAACGAUAUUGAGGUGACGGAAAUGUGCUACGAGAAUGCUGUGGAGAUUCUGAAGGCAGUGCCCACCGAGGCCCCCGUGGUGCUUCUGCUGCGCGGCCCAGAGGGCUACACGACCCACUUACAAACGAUCUUUCUUGAAAACGGUGCCCCGCGCACGGUCCGGGUGACGGAACCCGUCAGUAUGAACAGCUCGCCCGUCGGCCGGUUUCGCCGGUCACGCACCCGAUCUCCAUCCCCUCUUUGUUCUUCGCCUUCCAGUCCCCGAAGCGUCUGUAAUGGCGACUGUAGUCCGGCUAGAUCGCUGAGGAACCGCUUUGUGUGGCAACCCGAUGGCGGAUCGUCCAAAUCCCGAUAUGGUGCCGACAAUCCCGGCGCAGAUGGGGAUUCACACGACAUUAGCGUCCAGGUGGACAUUGACAGCGACGUCAAAGUCAACAGCAAAGUUUCGGACGCACGGAAAAGAUGUGAUGAAACUCUAUUAAACGAUGGACAGGAAGGCUCCCCGAAAAUCGUCCUGACGUCUGUGCCUCGGGCCCUUAAUGACGGCGGGGUUGUGACCACGGAGAAGAACGUGCACAGCAAACCGGACAGUAAUCACGGCCGGAAAAGGAGCAUAGAGAUCCGACAGGACAGCGACGAAAUCACCGUCAUCGUCAAGGGGGACAUCAAAAUCAAAAGUGAUCAGGAAGGGAAGGAGAAAGGAUGCAUGGAAUACUCUCCUGAAAAACCCACCAGCGAAAAAAGUGUCACAGAAUCAAUCGUAUAUUCAAACGGGUUGAAAGGAAACGACUACAAAGCAUCAGCCGUUGACGGCGGCGAAGAGGAUGUGCGGAAAACGCGGCCUGAGCGAAGACAGAGUCUUGCUCUGCAGAGUCCAAACAUGCAGCGCCGCCUGUCUGAGAGACGCGGAUCGUCUGCUUCUCCAAAACGCUUCCUGAAGUUGAGAAACGUCGCGGACGAGAAGAUCCUGGUUGAUACGCUGCAUACCAAGGCUAUAGAGCAAGUGCCGUGCAGCUCGGACAAGUGUCUGGGUUCAAUCAUGGCUCAUCAGCUGAAGCGUCCGCCUGGUGUGCCUCGCUGUAAGGAUGACUUGAUCGUCCACGCUAAGGACUUCAUCGAUCAAUACUAUGCAUCGAUCAAAAGAUCAAACACAGCUGCUCAUCAAAAGCGGGUACAGGAAGUGAUGAACUCAAUUGAGACACGUGGCACAUAUGAUCUCACAUAUAACGAGUUGACAUUUGGCGCUAAAACCGCCUGGAGGAACGCACCAAGAUGCAUUGGGCGCAUCCAAUGGUCCAAACUGCAGGUGUUUGAUGCUCGACACAUCACGACGGCAAGGGGCAUGUUCGAGGCAAUUUGUAACCACAUCAAGUACGGCACCAACAGAGGAAAUAUCAGGUCCGCUAUUACCAUAUUCCCUGCACGGACUGACGGCAAGCAUGAUUACCGUGUUUGGAACGCGCAGCUAAUCCGCUAUGCCGGCUACAAACAGCCCGACGGCUCUAUCAUCGGGGAUCCAUCUAAUUUGGAGUUUACUGAGAUAUGCCAGAAGAUGGGCUGGAAAGGAAAUGGCGGCAUGUUUGAUAUACUCCCACUUGUGUUGUCAGCCAAUGGCCACGAUCCCGAGAUGUUCGAGAUCCCACGAGAUUUAAUAUUAGAGGCACAAAUCAAGCAUCCAAAGUAUCCUUGGUUUGCUGAGCUGGGACUACGCUGGUACUGUCUACCCGCUGUGUCUGGGAUGUUGUUUGAUUGUGGUGGCCUCGAGUUCACCGCUUGCCCCUUUAACGGCUGGUACAUGGGCACUGAAAUUGGAGCACGUGACCUUUGUGACGUGCAUCGCUACAACAUGCUCGAGAAAGUUGCAGAAAAAAUGGGUCUUGACAUUAGAAAAAGUUCUUCCUUGUGGAAAGAUCGUGUUCUGGUGGAGAUGAACAUAGCGGUUCUAUACAGCUUCCAGCAAAAUAACGUCACUAUCACUGAUCACCAUGCGGCGUCUGAAUCCUUCAUGAAACAUAUAGAGAACGAACAGCGCCUGCGCGGCGGAUGUCCUGCCGACUGGGUGUGGGUGGUGCCCCCUAUGAGCGGCAGUAUACUUCCGGUCUUCCAUCAGGAGAUGUUGAACUACAACAUGAAGCCUUCCUACGAGUAUCAGGAGGAUCCCUGGAAAUCUCAUGUGUGGAAGAAAGACCGUGGCAAAGGAAAAUCGGUGGACAGACCCAAGAGGAAAUUCGGAUUCCGAGAAUUGGCAAGGGCAGUUAAGUUCUCUGCCAAACUGAUGGGAAAAGCUCUGGCUAGGAGAGUGAAGUGUACCAUACUGUACGCGACGGAAACGGGGAAAUCAGAGCGAUAUUCCAAAACCCUGUGCGAAAUAUUCAGGCACGCCUUUGACGCUAGGGUGGUGUGUAUGGACGAGUAUGACGUCAUCGACUUGGAGCACGAGGCCCUCGUCCUUGUCGUGACGAGCACUUUUGGUAAUGGCGACCCGCCGGAAAACGGAGAGAGAUUUGCCAAGGCUCUUUAUUCUAUGAAGCAUCCGGGGGGUGGCGCAGACGGCGAGUUCCGGUCAACUUCGUACAUCCGGAUGAGUGCCUCUUCGGAACCGGAAUCUACAAGCACGAGAGCAUCGGCCUCUGAUGAUAACCUUACCAUCGAAACUGGGGCUCUGGGGAACGUGAGGUAUUCUGUGUUUGGUCUGGGUUCCCGGGCUUACCCCAACUUCUGUGCCUUCGGUCAUUACAUGGACAACAUAAUGGCGCGCCUGGGCGGGGAAAGAAUCCAUGCUAUGAUGGAAGGGGACGAGCUGUGUGGGCAGGAGCAGUCAUUUAAUACGUGGGCACAGGAGGCCUUCAAGGCUGCGUGCGAGACGUUCUGUGUAGGAGACGACAUCAACAUGAAGGAGGUGACGGGUGCCCUGUCUAAAUCUGAUUUCAGCUGGUCCCCGGGCAAGUUCCGCCUCACCCCCGUAGACAGUGAGAGAGAACCUUCUCUCUGUGUUGGAUUGUCGAAGUUACACAAUAAGAUGAUUUUACCCAGCCACCUGACGUUCCGGUGUAAUCUCCAAGCGGCCGAGUCGAGUCGUCAAACAAUUUUACUCAAACUGGACAGCCUGGGAGCUUCUGAACUCGUGUACCAACCGGGAGAUCACGUUGGUAUCUUCCCAGCCAAUCAGAAGAACCUAGUUGACGCCAUUUUGUCAAGACUUUCUAAUGCGCCCCCUAGUGACGAACUGGUGAAGAUUGAAGUUUUGCAAGAGCGUUCUACACCAUUAGGUUCGACCAAACAGUGGAGUCCUAUUGAAAAAUUCCCAUCAUGCACUAUGAGAUCAGCCUUCACAUACUACCUAGACAUCAGCACGCCCCCUACACCAAUGAUGCUGAAGAUGUUAGCUACUCAGGCUACUCAAGAGGCGGACGUGAACGAAUUGGAGAGACUAUCCACGAACCCACAAGCAUACGAAGACUGGAAACGUGACUUUUACCCUAACAUCGCGGAGGUUCUGGAGUUGUUCCCGUCUCUGAAGGUUUCCCCCACCCUGCUCAUCACUCAACUGCCACUUUUACAGCAGCGCUUCUAUAGUAUCAGUUCCUCACCCCAGGCCUUUCCCGGUGAGAUCCACGCCACGAUAGCCGUAGUGCAAUGGAGGACGCAAGGUGGAGCUGGACCAUUACAUCGUGGUGUUUGUUCUAAUUGGCUGAACACAUGCGAUAUAGGAGAAACCGUACCGUGUUUAGUACGAGCGGCGCCGAGUUUUUACCUACCAGAAGACAGCACAGUGCCAGCCAUUAUGGUGGGCCCGGGAACAGGCAUAGCGCCAUUCAGGAGUUUCUGGCAGCAACGCAAAAUAGACAUGGAUAUGUUGCCGGUACCAGAGCAGGAUGGCAACAAACGUGGUUGGGGGGAAAUGGCGCUGUACUUCGGUUGUCGCCAGGCUAACAUCGAUGAAAUCUACAAAGACGAGGUUCUGCAAGCCAAGGCCGACGGAGUGAUCUCUAAAUACUUCAUCGCUCUAUCCCGGGAGCCUGGACUCUCCAAGACGUAUGUGCAGGAUAUACUUAUGAAGAAUUCCGAAGAGGUGUACCGAUCGAUUGUCCAAGAUGGAGGACACUUCUACGUGUGCGGCGACGUCUCUAUGGCUUCUGACGUGUGCAACACUCUGGAGAAGAUCUUACAGAACUAUGGCUCCAUGUCGCCUGAAACUGCCAAGAAUUACGUCCUUAAGUUGAGGGACGCCAAUCGCUUCCACGAAGACAUAUUUGGUGUGACGUUGAGGACGUCAGAGGUUAACGGUAGAGGGCGUGACCAGAAGGGACUUUCCAAAAAAUACAUAGAAGGUGAAAAGGAAUCCAAGUCUUCGAACAUGAAGGACUCUAUAGACGACAACAAAUCAGCGUUUGAUUAGAAUAAUCCAUGACGGUUCUAUCUGCUUCUAUCAAGACUGAAAAGGAUUACAAUCGCUUCAUACCGUGGACCAAUGUAAAGGUGCAAAACAGACAAGUUCCAGUGCCUCCACCAAUCAAAUCUCGUGACUCAUACCUUUCUUCAGUAGACCUCCCCCUUAAGUGUUCUUAUCGGUGAUUCGCGUGUUGUCAUGGCGACAACCAUUAUGGUGUCAUUUUUAGAAAAGCGGUGUUGCCACUUUUUCCAUUUACGUGUUCACGUCUGUCUUAAUUGAGGCUUGAGACACCAAAAUUUCUCAAGCCAACAAGAAAUUUCAUUCACAAAUUCAGAUCUAUGAAAUGUUAUAGAUGUUUGAGUCUGACAGUAACAAAUUUGUAGAGUUUUCUAUAAACUUCUGCACUGAUGGAUGGGCCUACUGCACCGCGAGAAAGUGUUAGUUAUAGUUAUAUGAUUUUUGCGGCUUUCUCUAUACAAGUAAUUCCAUAACCUACAUCCAUAUGAAAGUUGUUCAGAGUUUUAUAUAGAAGCUUCCUACAAGUGAAAAUGAAAUGUCAAUAUGAAACUUGCUUAUCAUUUGCGGAUUUGGAAAGAGGGUGGAUAUUGAAUUAAUAUCUACUCCUUCCUCUUGUAUUUAUCAAACGCUUAUGCAUUUAACACAUUGAUAUGUGAACAAAUUGAUUUUAAGUAAUAUAUACCUAAGAUAUAUCAUAUGCACCGACUAUAUUUGAAACUUCGAUUACUCCCCCUUUUAAGACCUCUUUUAUGCAGAUGGCGUUAUAAAUUCACAGGGUUUCCGUUUAUUUAUAUGUUUAUUUACAUAUCUGAGGUAUUCAUGUUUUGAUCAGCACCAAUCAAUCCAUAAAUAACGUUGUGUUCAGUCAAAGCACUUUUCAAUUCAAAAGUUGUCUUUUCUCAUUGCUGUAUUUUCAUGAUGGCGUAGAAAUAACAGAUCAAUUGUCGGCGGCUUAUAAACGAGUUGCACAGGAGUCAUUUUGCAUUAGACUAAGUUAAAAGAAAAAGGCGACGGUGUUGUGUACAUUUGUCUAAAGUACUCAUUGUAUAGUCGUCUUCAGGGGUGAUUAUAGAGCAGUCUGCGGUCGAAAGGUUAAAGGUGCUUGCUUUCACUUCAAUUGCUAGGACAUGUGAGGUGCGGAAUUCGAAUCCCGCUAUAGUGGGGGAUGUUGACAAUUUUAUUGAUCAUCCCAAAUAAUGUUUUCAAGUCUGUUCAGGACAAUUUUUAUUACAUUUUAUUACAUUUUCUGCACCCAGAUUACUGUUUACAGGCCAGGAAAGGUUGUUUCUGAACCUAGUAAUAUAAUAUAUAAAUAUAUAUCGUUCAAUCAAAAUUUGAUAUAAAAUAUUGAUCACAAUUCAUAGCCAUAUUCCAUGUUCUGCAUCAAAGGCCUUUUCGAGCGUGUUUGAUGUGGAACACUUUGGUGUAAACUGAUUCGGGAUAAGGCGACUA